AUGGGCGCGGGGGCGCUCGCCCUGGGCGCCUCCGAGCCCUGCAACCUGUCGUCGGCCGCGCAGCUCCCCGACGGCGCGGCCACAGCGGCGCGUCUGCUGGUGCCCGCGUCGCCGUCCCCUUCGCUGCUGCCCCCCGUGGGCGACGGCCCCGCGCCGCUGUCGCAGCAGUGGACGGCUGGCAUAGGCCUGCUGAUGGCGCUCAUCGUGCUGCUCAUCGUGGCGGGCAACGUGCUGGUGAUCGUGGCCAUCGCCAAGACGCCGCGGCUGCAGACGCUCACCAACCUCUUCAUCAUGUCCCUGGCCAGCGCCGACCUGGUCAUGGGGCUGCUGGUGGUGCCGUUCGGAGCCACCAUUGUGGUGUGGGGCCGCUGGGAGUAUGGCUCCUUCUUCUGCGAGCUCUGGACCUCGGUGGACGUGCUAUGUGUGACGGCCAGCAUCGAGACCCUGUGUGUCAUCGCCCUGGACCGCUACCUCGCCAUAACGUCGCCCUUCCGCUACGAGAGCCUGCUAACCCGCGCGCGGGCGCGGGCCCUCGUCUGCACCGUGUGGGCCAUCUCGGCCCUGGUGUCCUUCCUGCCCAUCCUCAUGCACUGGUGGCGGGCCGAUGGCGACGAGGCGCGGCGCUGCUACAACGACCCCAAGUGCUGUGACUUCGUCACCAACCGGGCCUACGCCAUCGCCUCGUCUGUCGUCUCCUUCUACGUGCCUCUGUGCAUCAUGGCCUUCGUGUACCUGCGGGUGUUCCGCGAGGCCCAGAAGCAGGUGAAGAAGAUCGACAGCUGCGAGCGCCGCUUCCUCGGCGACCCCGCGCGUCAGCCCUCGCCCGCGCCCUCGCCAACUCCUCCGCGCGCCGCCGCGCCAGUGGCCAACGGGCGCGCUAACAAGCGGCGGCCCUCGCGCCUCGUGGCCCUAGGCGAGCAGAAGGCGCUCAAGACGCUGGGCAUCAUCAUGGGCGUAUUCACGCUCUGCUGGCUGCCCUUCUUCCUGGCCAACGUGGUGAAGGCCUUCCACCGCGACCUGGUGCCCGACCGCCUCUUCGUCUUCUUCAACUGGCUGGGCUACGCCAAUUCGGCCUUCAACCCCAUCAUCUACUGCCGCAGCCCCGACUUCCGCAAGGCCUUCCAGCGCCUGCUUUGCGACGCGCGCCGGAACGCCCAGAGGCUCCACGCGGCCGCCGGCGACCCGCCGCGCGCCUCAGCCUGCCUGGCUGUGGCCAGGCGGCCGCCAGCGACCGGGGCGGACGACGACGACGACGACGACGACGUCGGGGCCGCACCGCCCGCGCGCCUGCUGGAGCCCUGGGCCGGCUGCAACGGCGGGGCGGUGGCGGACAGCGACUCGAGCCUGGACGAGCAGAACCGCCCGGGCUCCGCCUCGGAAUCCAAGGUGUAG